AGGUUUAAAUAGGACCAUGGUGAUGACUAGAGAAGAGUUUACAGAGCAAAUGUCUGCAGUGAUCAGACCCAGUACUAAAGAAGAAUUUGGUGAGCUGUUUGACAAGAUAGAUGUGAUCCAGGAUGGUUUCAUUGACUGGGACAAAGUGACCUCUUUCAUGCUCUUAGAUCUUAAUGAGAAAGAUGAACGAACAAAAUCAUUAGUCAUCCCCCAAUGGAAGAAUCUCCGACUUCUUUCAUCUACCCACAAAGAUGUUAUUCAACAUGUCACUUUUUUGAAAGGCUCCAGCUGUUACCUGACUGUAAGUAGAAAUGGAUUGCUGGGAAUCUGGGGAGAAAACUUAAAGCUACAGAGAACUCUGCAGAUUACUACAGAAGCUGUCAAACUGAAAGAUUUGUGGGUGACAACGCUGGUCUCAUUACCAAAUGUAAACAAGAUAGCUGUUGCUUUUACAAGCAAAGAGGUCUGUUUCUAUGAUCUGAAUUCUGAGCAAGGAUUGUCUCUUCAGUACAGGCUGCAUGGCCUGCUGGGAACAGUGAUAUGUAUGGACUAUUGGUAUAACCCUCAUGAUGGAAAUGAAGCUAUUCUGACAUUGGGGGAUGUCUCUGGCCAGGUGCAAGCCAUUGCCUUUACUGCUGCUCUGAUCUCUUUGUUUGAAAGACCCGCUAGCUCUCCUGAAGGCGAGGAAGCAACAACAGUGACCAUUAGUUGGCAGGAGCUGGCCUCUGGGUAUCACAAAUGCUGCUAUACAUUAAAGCAUAAACUUCAUUGGAAAGAAUGGGUCAAACAAGUUGCAUACAGUUCCUCUUUAGAUGCCUUUAUUUCCAGUACAACCAAUAAUGUUAACACAUUGGUGCUGGCUUGGAGAGAAAAAAUAAAACCUCAUCUUAAAACUACAUCCUUCGACAUCGCCCAGGGAAUUAAUGCUUUUGAUUUCCACUCUCGACUCAACUUAAUUGCUACUGCUGGCAUCAAUCACCGAGUUUGCCUCUGGAACCCCUACGUCACAUCGAAACCUGCUGGAGUUCUUCAAGGCCAUUCAGCCAGUGUAAUAGCUGUUCAGUUCAUUAUGGAACGAAAACAGCUUUUCAGCUUCUCGAAGGAUAAGGUGUUAAGACUCUGGGAUAUUCAGCAUCAGCUGUGCAUCCAGAGGAUUGCUGGCUCAUUUCCAAAGAGUCUGGACUUCCAAUCCACCCUGUAUUUUAAUGAAGCUCACAGACGGCUUUUUAUCUCAUUUAAUAACCAGCUGAUGUUAUUGGAAAUGAAGCAAGAAACCAGCAGAAAGGUCACAAGCCAUAAGAGAGCAGUUACUUGUGUUCUUUACAAUUCUGUCUUUAAACAGGUAAUCAGCUCAGAUGCAGGAUCUACCAUUACCUUCUGGCUGAUAGACACUGGGCAGAAAAUCAAACAGUUUACUGGUUGCCAUGGCAAAGCUGAGAUCAGCACAAUGACACUGGAUACAACUGAGACAAGGCUCUUAACUGGGAGCACAGACGGAACAGUCAAGAUUUGGGAUUUCAAUGGGCACUGUCACCAUAAACUCAGUGUUGGACGAGACCGAGCAGUUGACAUCUCCCAGAUCAUGGUACUAAAGAGGACAAUAUUAGUUACAGGCUGGGACAGAAAAAUUACGGUCUUCCGACUGAGCAGCUUGACUCAGUUUUUUGUUCUGCCUUCAGAAUGGAAAGGAGGAGUAGAGCAUCAAGAUGACAUCCUUUGUGCUGCGUUUUCACCUCCGCAUACUCUAGUUACAGGGAGCUGUGAUGGCGAAAUUGUUGUGUGGAAUAAUAGUACAGAAACUGCCUCCCUUAAAAUUUAUCUGGAUCCCCAAAAAUCUCUGAAAUCCAAAUCGGAUACUCUGGUACUACAACAGCCGCUUAGUUCUGCUGGAAGAACAUCCUCUAUAAGACAUACAAUGUCUGUAGCUGACUUCUAUGAUUCUGACACUGAGUGCAACAAUGCUAUUACCAAGCUUUUGUUCCUAGAAGCUAGAAAGAAUACUUCAGUGACAGGUGGAGCAAACUUAGUGUCAUGUGGAGGUGCAGGCUAUGUUAGGUUUUGGAAUACUUUUAAAAGCCAGCUCAUAGCCCAGUUUGAAGCCCACAGCGGAGUUGGAUCCAUUAUCAUGACCAUUGAUAAAAUGAGUCAAUACCUCAUAACGGGGGAUAUAGCUGGAUGGAUGAAAAUAUGGUAUAUACAGGACUACUGCCUCAGUUCCAGUGAGAGCAAAGUAACCCAACCACCUACUCUGAUAAGAUCGUUUCAGCCACAUGAUGACUGUGUUACUUCUCUGGAGACAUGUAUGCGAAGCAGUUGCCUACUCAUCCUCUCCUCCUCUUUAGACUGCCGUGUUGUUCUUAGUGAUAUGCAUGGUACAACAAUUGGAACAUUUGGUCAGGAAAAACACUGGCAAAUUGAAAAUGCUUCUUCACAUCCUAAAGGAGAGCAAAAUCAAGACAAAAAUAUGAGUCAAAGGGAAGAAAAGGUUGACAUUUUAAAGAAAAAAGAAGCCCCCGCUCUUGAAGUAGAGCCAUCUCCUAACUCUCCAGAACAAGCUACACUAGUUAUGGAAGGCAAUGAGGAAUCUGUAAACAUGAUCAGUCCAUGGGAAAACACGAUAUUGGGUAAAAAUUACAAAGAAAGCAAAACCCAGAAAAGAAAGAAAUAUAAGUUCUUCAAUGGGAAGGCCUUGCAAAACUCAUUUGGCACAUUUAGAUCAUUAAAAAUCGGAACCCUUGAGAAGGUGGUUGAAAUGAACAAGCCUGACUUUGUUCUAAACCCUGACAAAUACUUUGGGGAAAUGACUGAGGAGCAGUGCUCUGAAAAUCUGAAGUUCCCUUCUUUUUCUAAAACCUUGAAAGCUGUAUUUGAUGAGAAUAGCCUGUUCCCAAAAGAAAUUCUGGAUCGUGAACAAAAAGCAAGGCAACUAUGUGAGCAAAUGUACAAUGAAGGCAAGAGAAAAAGAAAUAAAAAGCAAGCAAAGUUGAAAGAAAAAUAACCCUUCCUGUUGUUACAACAAAGAGCUGUUUUUGAUCAGCUUGACAAUAUGGAAAUAAAUAUCAGUGAACAAUUUUACACUAAAAAGUCAAGCACAAGCAUGCAAGACAAUAAAAGAAGAGACCUCAAAAGUGAAGACUUCCCAUAACACUUUUAUAGCAAAAAGAACUGAUACAUCUGUUUUUGGGCGGUUGUAAACUUUAUUUUGUUCCUAAGUGUGUGUAAAUUUAUUUCUUAAGAGAAGCAGUGCAGUCAAAAAUCUCACUUUUCUGUCUUGAAAAUUAUUUACUUACUGUAACAAGUAGUGCCUAUUAUCAAUUUAACUGUACUAUAACUUUGCCAACAUGUUAUUUAUAAAGCAGCAUAAAUGUGUGGGGGGUAUUAUAAUAUAUGACAAGAUUACCUGCAGCCAUUUCACAUAUUCCACGAUCUUAUUACUUUCUGUAUUUUUUAUGGUAGUGCUCACUGUGUGCUUGGUUCUUUUCAAACCCUGAAAUACGUUCUCUGCUCUGAGAAGCGUACAGUAGGAUCGAUAAGUACAUAGAGGUUAGGGAAAAGGUAUUGCAUUUUCUGCUAUGUCCUUGGGAUUCUGGAUUGAAUUACCUUUAAAAUCCUUGGAUUCCAUUGUAUUAAUUGUUUAUGUUUUAUUAUGUGCCAAGAUUGUAUGUAAACUCUCAGGGGAGAGGGAUACAGUUUGAGACCUGACUAUAUUGAACAAUGUGCCACAUAAAAAUGUACUUUUUGAAUAAAAGGUGUUAAGUGGUUUGCGAGGCCAAACUCUAAGAGGUAGUGAAUGCAAACUCCCCACUUCUGAUUAUGCCAAAAUGUAGCCUUUUGCAGCCCUGCAUUCGGGGUAGGCCUUUCUCUGCUGAUAACUUGUUACAAGAAAUCAAGAUCAAAGAACCAAACCGUAUAAAGGAAAAACUGAGGUAUUCCAUGGAUGUUGCCAGACUAGAGAGGUUUCACCUGUAUUGACUUUCUCAUACUAUUUCUGUACCACUUUCAGGCUAUGUCAGAUGUCUGGGAGUAGUAUUUUAUCAAUUUUUUUUAUUGGCAUGCACCUGGAAUGACUUGCAUAACUUGUGAUGGGCCCAUUCCAUACCCAGUCUGAUUUAGAGUAUGUCUACACUGUAGUCAGAUACCUGUGUCUAGUGCACAGCAGCAGACUCGGGCUAAGGUGCUUGGACUAAGGGGCUGUUUAACUGUGGUAUAGACAUUUGAGCUCAUGCUGCAGCCGGAGUUCUGGGACUCCUAAA